AUGACUUCGGUCUCUAACGCCAUUCGGCCUCUACUUCGAUUCCGAAUCUCGUCAGUGUGCAUUCCACGUCGCUACGCUACCUCAUCUUCUUCUUCUACCGCAGGCAGUUCAAAACGUGCUUCACAGGUUCUCCCAUCGAAGUCGAAGCCUUCCCCAACGCGACUCGAGAGUCCAGCUGGACCAGGUCACAAUGACCUCGAACCGGAGCAGCUGAAAAAGCAGUGGUAUGCCACCAAAUUAUACCAGGCCGGCCAGCGAGUCAUAUUCAGACCAAAAUCGCAUACCGGGAUAUUGGCGGCCUCAUAUGUUAUCGCCGGGUCUUGCCUCGUCACCAGCUGCGGGCUGGCUUUCAACAACAUUUGGGCAUAUCAGACAAAUGCAGACCUCCACUGGAUAGUGGGAGUUGCAUGGCGACUGGGGAUCAUUACAUUCACAGUCAUUGGCGGACUUGCUUUUUUACGGCCAACGGGAAUGAUCAAAUCAAUCGACUUGGUCUCAAGAGACGGCGUGGUGAAGCUUCUGGUGGAGGCGCGACCGACGCUGCCCUUCCUGCGACCAAAGUCAUACACUAUUGCUCCUUAUCAAUUUGAGAUGGAUCGGACUUUUGUACAACAGCUGGAUGAGCCAGAGUUCAUGUAUGAGGAUGCGCCGCAGCCGCAAGGAAUCGCAGCAAGCAUCGGUCGGACGAUCAGCAAAGCGAUAUGGUACCCUUUUGCCGCCACACGGAGGCUGGUAACCAACGAAGGAUUCAUGCAUGUGCAACUUGCCACCAAGGAUGCCCCCUGGCUCAAGCUGGACACACAAGGCACAUUUUCUAAUGACGGGAGGGACCUGCUCGCAAUGGGCACCCUCAAACUUUGA